CUCGGGGCCUCGGGCAUGCCUCCAGGCUCCGUUGCCGUAGCCGCCACCUCUGCUUGCCAGCCAGCACCGGUGGAUCUCCUCCCUCUCUAUUUCCUGGUGGCCGGCGCCAUCUUCUCCCACACUCGUUCCUGGCGGCCGGCGCCCUCUUCGCCGUCUCUCUCCCUUCCCCGGCGGCGCUCAAUCUCCUCCCUCUCUCUAUUUCCCAGCAGCCGGCGCCAUCUCCUGCGCUUCGAUUUCUUGGCGAGCGAUCAAUAUCGGUCGGUUCGGUUUGAAGAAUGGAGACCGAGACCGAACCGGAUCUCUCGGUUUGGUAUUUCACAGAAAACCGAUCGGUUAGCAAUCCUGAAAAACCGGUUUCCCGAAUUUCCUAAUUACCCGAAGAACCGAACGCGGUUCGGUUACAUCUACCACCUGUCUCGCACGCGGGGCGCAUUGUGCCGAGGCUGAAGGUUCUAGUCCCGCCCGACCCCGCCGCCGCGGGGCCGCCCUGUCUCCGGCCGGUUAUUGUGCGCUACGCGGCUACCUUCAAUCGCGAUGAGGAGCUCUCGGUACCGCGUGCCGCCGCCUCCACUCUGAUACCCGUACCGCGUGCCAACGCCUACGUUCCCCUCCAAGCGCACCUUCACUCCCAUAACUUCUGGCUUCGACUGCGCCUGCUGCAAGCUUACCAUGUCGUCGUCGCUGGCGUCCUCCUCGUACCGCCGUAGGAUCCUCGACUCCAAAGCCACGGCCUCCCACGCGCUCUACACCUCUCGGCUCCCCGCCCGCUCCCGGCAGCCUGCCCACACCAGGAUCGGCGCUACCACUACUACCAGAGCCCAUGGAGUUGAGAGUAGCAUCAUCAGUGUCCUAACUAUGCAUCGUUGGGAGACCUUGAAUCACAUGGCAUACAAAUUUGGAAAGCUUGACAAGGGUCAUGGAAAGCUGGCCCUUAAGAUACUGAGUUCUAUUGUGCAAAGAUCAGGUUUGGAGCGAAUUACUCAUAUUUACUGCAUGGCUGCUCAGAUUCUCACCCAAGCUAAAAUGCACUCACAAGCAAUGUCACUGUUGAAGCAUCUUGCUAUGACAGGCUUCUCUUGCAGUGCUGUAUUUAGCUCCCUCUUGUGCACCAUCUCGCGUUGUGAUUCCAAUCCUUUAGUUUUUGACCUUCUCGUCAAUGCAUAUGUCAAGGAAAAAAGAGUUGUUGAUGCAAGUAUGGCAAUUUUAUUUAUGGAUAACUGUGGAUUUAAGGCUUCAGCUCAUGCUUGCAAUGCCGUCCUUAAUGCUCUUGUGGAAAUUGGGGAAUCAAAACAUGUUUGGUUCUUCUUAAAAGAAGGUUUGGUCCGGAAGUUCCCUUUGGAUGUCACCACUUGCAAUAUUGUGCUGAAUUCAAUGUGCAUUGAGGGCAACCUUAAAGGGGCUAAACAUAUGAUACAUAAAAUGAAGAGUUGUUCCUUACCAAAUGUCAUUACUUAUAAUACAAUACUUCAUUGGUAUGUUAAGAAGGGAAGGUUCAAGGCUGCCAUGUGUGUCCUAGAAGAUAUGGAGAAGAAUGGUGUAGAGGCAGAUGUAUACACUUAUAACAUCAUGAUAGAUAAGUUAUGUAAAAUGAAGAGGAGUACACAUGCUUACCUUUUGCUCAAAAGAAUGAGGGGAGAUAACUUAGCACCUGAUGAAUGUACGUAUAAUACUUUGAUCAAAGGAUUCUUUGACGAAAGUAAGAUGAUGCUUGCUAUCCACAUCUUCAAUGAAAUGCUAAGACAGGGCUUGAAACCAAGUCUAGCUACUUACACUACCUUGAUUGAUGGGUACUGCCGAAAUGGCACAAUUGAUGAAGCCUUAAGAGUUCUAUAUGAAAUGCAAGUUGCUGGUGUGAAACCAAGUGAAGUAACUUAUAGCGCAAUGCUGAAUGGUUAUUGCAAAGCUUCCAUGCCGGGACAUGCACUGAAUCUUAUUGAAGUUCUGAAAUCAAGAGGCACAGCAAUUAAUAGGACUAUGUAUACUAUCCUGAUUGAUGGUUUCUGUCAGCUAGGAGAGGUUUCUAAGGCCAAAGAAAUUUUCAAGAGCACACUUGCGGAUGGGAUUAGUCCAGAUGUUGUUACUUAUUCAGCAUUGAUCAAUGGCAUGUGCAAGAUGGGUAAGCUAGAAGAAACAAGAGAGAUUUUGUCAAGGAUGCAAAAAACAGGAGUUUUGCCCAAUGAGGUGCUUUAUACAACACUGGUUUGUUAUUGUUGUAAGGCUGGAUAUGUGAGGGAAGCAAUGAAGUAUUUUGUGGAUAUCUAUCGGAGGGGCCUAGCUGCCAAUUCAUUCAUCCAUAAUGCAUUGUUAUGUGCAUUGUAUAGAGAAGGAAUGGUUACGCAGGCUGAGCAGUUCAAAGAAUACAUGUCUAAGAUGAAGAUAACGUUUGAUGUUGCCUCUCUAAACUGUAUAAUAGAUUCGUACUGUAGCAGAGGUAGCGUACAUGAAGCAUUUUCAGUUUAUGAUAAUAUGGAAAAAUAUGGUUGUUCUCCAGAUGUUUACACAUAUAGGAAUUUGCUUAGAGGAUUAUGCAAGGGAGGUCACUUGGUACAAGCAAAGGAGUUCAUGUCCUGCAUUGUUCACAUACCUUCUGCCAUUGAUCAGAAAACCUUAAAUGCAUUACUUCUAGGGAUUUGCAACCAUGGAUCUCUAGAUGAAGCUCUGGAUUUAUGUGAGAAAAUGGUCACGAUUAACUUUAUACCUGACAUACAUACUUACACUAUUCUUCUUAGUGGUUUUUGCAGAAAAGGUAAAAUUGUUCCUGCAGUCAUCUUGUUGCAGAUGAUGUUGGAGAAAGGGUUGGUCCCUGAUAUUGUUACAUAUACUUGUUUGUUGAAAGGUUUGAUCAAGGAAGGCCAAGUUAAGGCUGCUUCUUACCUGUUCCAGGAGAUCAUAUGCAAGGAAGGCAUGUAUGCAGAUUGUAUUGCCUACAACUCAAUGAUGAAUGGGUACCUAAAGGCAGGAAAAUUACAUAAAGUAGAGAUGACAAUUUAUGAUAUGAAUCAGAACAAGGUUUAUCCAAACCCAGCUAGUUAUAACAUUCUUAUGCAUGGGCACAUCAAGAAGGGACAUUUGUCAAGAUCUAUUUACCUCUACAAAGAUAUGGUGAGGAAAGGGAUUAAGCCAACCAAUGUGACAUAUCGUUUACUUAUCCUUGGACUUUCCAAACAUGGUAUGAUUGAAAUCGCGGUUAAGUUCUUGGACAAGAUGGUCUUAGAAGGCAUUUAUCCUGAUAGGUUGUCUUUUGAUGUACUCAUAAAUGCAUUUAGUGAGAAAUCUAGGAUGUCUGAUGCUUUACAGCUUUUCAAUUGUAUGAAGUGGUUGUAUAUGUCACCUAGCAGUAAAACAUACAGUGCCAUGAUAAAUGGAUUAAUCAGGAAAAAUUGGUUGCAGCACAGUUGUGAUGUUUUACGUGACAUGGUUGAAAGUGGCCUUGAACCAAAGCAUACACACUAUAUUGCUUUAAUCAAUGCGAAGUGCAGGUUUGGAGACAUUAAUGGAGCAUUCAGGCUUAAAGAGGAAAUGACAGCUCUUGGUAUUGUGCCAGCUGAAGUUGCUGACAGCUCAAUUGUUAGAGGCCUUAGUAAAUGCGGAAAGGUUGAAGAGGGUAUCAUAGUUUUCUGUAGCAUAAUACGGGCAGGAAUGGUGCCAACCAUUGCUACUUUCACUACCCUAAUGCAUGGUCUCUGCAAGGAAGCCAAGAUUUCUGAUGCUCUGCACCUGAAAAGCUUGAUGGAGUCUUGUGGGUUGAAGAUUGAUGUUGUCACUUAUAAUGUUCUAAUCACAGGUUUAUGCAAAAUUCAAUGUGUUUCAGAUGCUUUAGAACUUUAUGAAGAGAUGAAAUCUAAGGGACUCCGGCCGAACGUUACGACAUAUACUACACUUACUGAAGCUAUCUAUGGAACAGGCAGAACGCUGGAGGGAGAGAAACUACUAAAUGAUAUAGAGGAUAGGGGCCUUGUUCCCUCAUAUACGGAUCAAUGUCCUGAAUGGAGGAUGGAGAAUGCAAUGGACAGGUUAAACAUGAUAAGAAAUUGUAGAAAAGGGACAGCAUUUAACAAUGACUUCAAAGUAUUGCAUGCAGAUCAUAAAUCCAUCCAUAAAGCUGCUGCAGACUGAAAUCCACUUUGAAUUAACUUAUCACAGCAAUGGAAGUGAUGCUUUAUUUGGCAAUAUGUUGGUACAAAACUAUGGCUAUUUUCUGGCUUAUGAGUCUGAAAUUGAUUUCAUGGUGCUGAUCAUUGAGGAUUACUAUUUAGAUAUGGCAAACAUCCUGUGCCUCCUACAACUAAUCAGGUUUAAAAAUAGAAGGGGGGUAUACAAGGAAAAUAGAGAGGAGAGGCUAUACAAGCGUGUCAAGCCAGACACAAAUGAGAGCAGCAAGCUCCUUUAAUCUGAAAGAAAGAAGGUGGAGGUCCAUGAAGAUGAAGGGCCAGGCAAAUACAAGGUUUAGAUUGUCAAAAAUCUUGGCGUUUCUGUGCUCCCAAAUGCACCAGGCUGCUGUAAUGAAGAUUUCCCAUCAAGAAUGGUUUUGAGAAGGCAGCUUUCGCAGAUACAAUGCCCUAAACUGGCGUUGAUGGAUUGGCCAAUGAGACUCCAAAAUUGGACACUUUAUGGGAGUCUCACAUUUUGUCACAAGGAACUUCUCACUAUGCCUGCCUCACAAGGAGAAGAUCUGAACUGGGAUGCUAGGAUAUCUAUGACUACCUCUCAUACACCCUCUGCCAGCGAAAUCGGUCUACGUGUUGGCUCUUUUUUUUAUCCCUGAAGUUGGCUCAGCAAGAACGAUUGUCAUUGUGCCAGUUAUUCAUGUCAAAUUAAGCUGAUGCAAAUGCACCGAGAUGGAACGAAUGUGCUUUGUUGAAGUCAAGAAGUUGGCUCCCUAGCUGUAUUUGAAGCAACAAGGGAGAUACAAAAUUGAUGGUCAAGCUAACCUCUUUGGUGUUGCUGCAACCACCGUAUCUAAUGGACAUCUUCUGACUCUCAACUUGCCGUCAGUGAUAAACUUUCUGGGAAGACUUUCCCACUCAAACCUUGUUAAGCUAUUGGGCUACUGCUGGGAGGACAAGGAGCUAUUGCUUGUGUAUGAGUUCAUGGCCACAGGGAGCUUAGAAAACCAUCUUUUGAGAAAUGAGAGGAUGUGCUCCGCUAUCAUGGGAGCUGAAGCUAAAGAUAGCCACUGGUGCAGCUCAAGGACUUGCAUUCUUGCAUGCAUCAGAGAAGCAAGCUAUCUACCGCGACUUGUAGGCUUCCAAUAUUCUUCUCGAUGCAAACUAUAAUGCAAAGCUCUCUGAUUUUGGGCUUGCUAAGCUUGGACCAACAUGUAGUAACUCGCAUAUCAUGACCAGGGUCAUGGGUACUAUGGAUAUGUAGGUCGGACAACGUAGACACUGGCAUCUAUAUGUCAAGAGUGACGUCUACGGUUUCGGAGUAGUGAUGUUGGAGACGCUGACUGGUCAGUGCGCGCUAGACCCCAACCGUCCAAGUGAUCUGCGCAGCGACAGCUCCUGCUUCACUCGAUGGCCUGCAACAUAGUGCCUCAUCUGAACACACCCGAAGGCCGAAGCCAUCUCCUUCCGUAGAUAGUCAUCAAAUCGUGCAAGUUGCGGUUUCGUACGGCGUGGCAAAGCGCGCCAGAUCAUCUAGUGCUAUGAAUAUGUCCGUUGAAUUUGCUGUUUUCAAAAUAAAGCUUCUCUUUUUUAUGCCCACGUACCUAAUGCCGAAAAAGAUUGCACUGUAUGCGAUAUGCUUGGGAUUGAUGCACACAAGCGCCUGGGAUGUUGGGCAUCAUGUGACGGCUGUUUUUGUUACUUUGCCGUCUUAUUAUAGGCGACGAACAAUUCUUAAGCCAGCACUUUCCAAGGGCGGCGGGGGUUGUUUGGCCCGUGAUUCGGUGGGAGAUGUUGUUUCGCUCCGGCUGACUCGAUCAAUCGAGCUAUGGAUGCUUUACAUGCUGAUGAGGCGAUGAUCAGAGGAUCAUCUGUGCCAAGCAUCUGGGUGUUGGAAGAUUAUUCUGCAGACGGACAUUCAGAUCCUACAAAUACAAAGAGCAGUAACUUCGGCGCGCGAGCCAUGAUGCUGCUUCUCUGGGAAUGAUGUUUAGGGAAAUCAAGUAUUCCCUUACUCUUGGUUUUAUUGUGUAUCAAAUUCUCUAUUGUCCGCGUUAUUGUAUUAAACUAGCUCGUGUGUUGAUGAGUGUGGGUGCGAGGCGUGAACCGGAUUAAUGGAAUGUAUGUGUUCCUAUUUUUUUCAAAGCCGCUAUGGAUAACAUUUUUAAAAAACCAUAUGGGUGAGUUUAUGUACAGAGAAAUUUGGCCCCAA